AUGAAUGGGUUGGAGGCAGCCAUUCAAAAACUCAACGCCACAAUGAAGAAAUUCAUGGAAGAGGAAGAUGUAUGUUAUGUUGCGUACACGGUGUUAUGCACAAAUGAUAUCUUGCAUUUGGACCGCGUUGAGGAGAAAUUGGUUGUACUUCAAGUGAGAUCACCUUCUAAUGGUGAUUUGGACUCAUUUCUGCAAUCUCCAAAGAAUAAAUUGUCGAUGAUGCUUACAACAAUGACCGACCAAUCGCAAGAAGAGAUCGAUACUUUUGAUUUUCUCGAUGUUGAGGUCUUGACUACACCAUACACGACUGCUGAGAUGACUCUUUCAGAAGCUUUAUGUGAAAUCUUGUUAGUUGUUGAUGCUUCUAACUUGAGUAGUGAUUGA